CGGAGAUUUCAAAUUGAGAGCAAAAGAGGGGCCAAUUCAAUCGGCAUUGCUUUCUCCUCGGCGAUGGGGGGUUGCAGCUCGUGCGCCUCGGCGGCGGCGGUGGUGGUGGGGGCCGCGGGGACUGCGAAGGUGGUGCUUCCCGACGGUGGGCUCCGCGAGUACUCGCGGCCGGUGACGGCCGCGGGCGCGCUGGGCAAGGACGCCGCGUGCUUCUUCGUGUGCGAUGCGGACGAGAUGGAGUUCGACGCGUUCGUCUCCGGGGUGGGCGCCAAGGAGGAGCUCCGCCCUGGGCAGCUCUACUUCGCGCUCCCGCGGUCGAUGCUGAAGCGCCGACUCCAGGCCGAGGACCUCGCGAGGCUCGCGGUGAAGGCGAGCGCCGCGCUGGUGGGCGCCGCGGGUCAGUGCGGCGGGGGGGUUGUGUCACCACAGGUGUUUCCCGCGGGGGUGUCGGUGGCCGUGCCCAUCGGCGGGAGGGAGGAGGAGAAGGCGCGGAGGUGUAGUAGAGGCGGUGGCGGACUGCGCAAGUUUGCGCCGGAUCUGAGCGCCAUUCCGGAAUAGAGAGGUAAAAGAAGGGGAGGCGGAAACCUUCAAUGCAAGAUCGGGCGGAACGAUCUGAACCGUCCAAGCGAAAGAGUUCGUUGGUCAUGACGGGCAGACGUCGACCGGUGGAUCGAGGAUGGACGUUCGAGAUCUAAUUAAUCGAUGGGAUGAUGUAGGAGGUCGAAGCGAUCGGAAGCUUUUGGCAACGCAGCCAAUCGGAAAAUUUUGGUCUAUUAGUUCUGUAAAUAAAAUAAAAUAUUUGGGGGGAUUUCUUUUUCCAAUUUCCACACAAAAACAAAUAAAAAAUGACGUCAAUAAUACCAGAGAACUUUGUCGGCAAUUGCAAGUGUCUUGAGGAGGCUAUAGAAUAUUGUAUGGGCUUCUGUUGCAAUUAUCUCAUGGAUUUGGGCUCGAUCCAUGUCGAUGACUCAUUUCUCUUCUAUAGCAAAGCAAUCAGGAGAAGCUGUGACUGCUGCAGUAAGACAAACGAGUACCGAGUGCUGGAUGCUGACCAGCUAUGGAUGUGCUUCUACGGCAAGGAAGAAAGAGGGCAAGAGACGUCUAAAUCAACAGUACCACCACCACCACCGCCACCGUCACCAUCCCACCCUUCCGGAUCUUUUUGACCUGCUCACUUUUGCUGGAUCACAUGAGAUGCCCAGCCGGAGGAGGAGACUUCCACGAAAGCAGGCCGGCGUGACCUGCUGCGCUCCAGCUCAAGGAAAAAGCCACCCGUCACGGCCACGGGUGACCCGUGAGGCCAACCCCAUCCGAAGCUGCCCAGAAAGAGACCCCUCCCCCCCCCUCCCCGUCGUUUCCUACUCUGCCCUUCCCCUCCCUCUCUGCAUCAUUGUCCUCGUCCUUUCCACAAACAUCUCAUGUGCAAUCUUCUUCCUCCUGUUCGAUGCUGUCGUUCCGUACCUGCUUCCUGAUGGUCGGAUAAGACCACGAAGCUGAGCUCUCGCUGGACUUGAGGGCAGACAGAUCGUUCGCGGAAACGUUAGAUUUGAUCAGAGGAAGAAGAUGGACGAGUUGGUGCUUUGCGCAUUCUCUGUGGGGGUCAAAGUAGCGGCGUUCGCACGUUAUGGAUUUGGGUCAAAGCGAAGGUUAGUUUGGUAAAUCUGCGAGAAUCCAGUUGCGUCUGCUGCGUUAUAUCAAGUCCACUGAUGGGUCUCAGCGGUCAGUGAGCGUCCCUCUCUCUCAUGCAACACGUCGCGAGCCGGGAGAGAUACGUGAUGGGGAACUGUGCGCCGGUGUCGUCCAAGGUCAGGCAGCAGCAGCAGCAGCAGCAACGGCGCUGGACGGCGCAGUGGUCCUCCUCGGCGACGGCGAAGGUGAUACGCGCCGACGGGAAGAUGGAGGAGUACGAGACGGCGGUGCCGGCGGGGCGCGUGGUCGCGAGGAGCCCGGGGUACUACGUCUGCAGCGGCGAGGCGAUGCAGGUGGGAGCUCAUCCGCCGGUGGUGGGGGAAGGGGAGAAGCUGCAGCCCGGGCAGCUGUACUUCCUACUCCCGCUCUCCUACUCCCACCGCCCCCUCUCCCUCCCCGACCUCUGCCUCUUCGCCGCCAAGGCCAGCGCCGCCCUCCGCCUGCCCUCCUGACGUGCAUGUCAUCAUCGAUUCUGUGUGCCGUCGUUAAUAGAACAGCAGCAGAAGCCAUUUUUGCGUAAAGACGAUACGGCUAAAACCCAAAGCUAUAUGUUCCGUCUUCAUCCUCGUAUUCAUAUGAAGCUAAGAUUGUUUCGGAUCGAUGAGGGUUGAAAUCAAGAACUGCAAACAGUUUCUUUGCCCUUCUCUACGAUGCUUACUCGCAGCAGAGCACGAGCGAAACAAAGAGAGAGUGUCAUGGGAAGAGCUUCGACUCUUCUUCUUCCCCUCGGCAUGUUGCGAGGGAGCCAUUCAUUAUUAAUCUCUGGUUACACACUCA